UCGUUUAUUUGGAACGUGCGGCGGUUGAGGGACGAGGUUGUGUGAAUGAUCGGCGGAUCCGUUCUUGAUUAAGAAAGAAGAUGGCUUUUGAAAACUGUCAAAAGAUGUCAUUCCAAGAAAAUCUAGAAGCUAUCAAGGAACGAAUGAAAGAAAAACGAAAUCAGAAUCUGGCUAAAAUCAACAGAUCUAAACAUGCCCUGAGUUCAAAAGUUACUUCCAAAGUACUGAAUAAGAGCUCUUUCACUAAAAGUAUCCAAGCAAACAAUCAGAGCCUAGCUUUGUCUGUACAAGCAGAAAAGAAGAAACUGAGAGUUGCAUCUGAUAUCAUUUUGGCAUUGAAAAAAGAACGACAAGCAAUGAUGUUCUACAUUCUUAUGCUAAAAAAACAGCUUGAAGAUCAAGUUGAGAAUUUGAGAUUCAUCCCCGAUUCUGUCAGAGAAAAUCUAAGCAUCUUUGAACAGGAUUUGGUGCAUGGUUUACCAAAUUGUUCGUCGCCCUUUGAACCUGUCAUUCACGAUGUUGCAAAGGAUAUUUCAUUGGAAAACUCCGGAGCUGAUUGCAACACACCUGCAGUGAACUUAACUGUAGUAUCCAGUCUAGAGGACAAACAACCUACUUCAGUAAAGAUAUCAAGUGGGAGAAGAUCUGCAUAUCAUCUAAGGCCAGUCUCUGAUAGCAAUGCAGUAACUUCAUUUGAUGAUGAAUAUAUUGAAAGACUCGAGUUGCCAAAGGGGGUUUCAAGGAGAAGGCGAACUGGGAGGAAAAAGCCCUGUGGCCUUGGACACUUGGACACUUUUCACAUUUCUGAAAAUGACUCCGAAAUAUCUUGGGCAAAUGAAGAAGAAAAGUUUGCCAGGCUUCGACCCAGAAAAGAAAAACAAAAUUACCUGGAUUGCAGUGAUACUUAUAACUUUGAUAAUGAAGAGUGCAUUCAUCUUACACCUUUUCGCAGGAAAGAUGAAUCAAUUGCAGUUGGGAAUGUGGACAAUACCAAAACCUGUUCAGAAGAUGAGUUGGAUGAUGGCCUUUAUAGACCCCCUGCUGAUAAAAGACGUAGAAAAUCAAAUUAUAAUGAAGUUAAAAAUGAAGGGACACCAGCUUUAACCACCAGCCUCAGAUCAAGCAGAUCAAGUGUAACUCUCCAAAAAAGGGUGCACAAAGAUCGUGAAAUGAAAGAGGAGCAGAUCAAUGUUAUACCCAAUGAAUAUGAAGGUUGUAAAAAGACUGAAAAGGAUGUGCAGUUGCAUAUUGAGUCGGGCGGUACACCAAGAAACAUUUCUGUCAAACCCCAAGGCAUGAAGCGUUUUCUAAAUUCUGAAGGAAGCCGUAUUGUUGAAUGUCUCAAACCUGUACUGAAGAAAUGCUUAUUACUGGAACAAGAAGGGGAGAAAAUUCAAGAUGGUGGGAUGGUGAAAGGCUUUGGAAAUCGUUUCAGCUUGAGCGAUGUCACCAAUUGUUCAUCACUACCCGCUGUAAACAUGAAAAAGAAUGUGGUAGAAAAAACAAAUACGGUUUCACCCAAAGCUGCUCAUAAACGGCGAUGCACCAUCCUUAUAAAUUACAAGGAACCCAGUCUCCAUUUGAAAUUGCGAAGAGGAGACAAAUACACUGACACCCAAUUUUUGAAUUCGCCAAUAUUCAAACAGAAAAAGACUGAUGGAUCAAAACGUAAAUCUGGGAAAAAACAAUCUUUAAGUAGAUACGACGAAGUUUUUGUCGGCAGCUGAUAAUUUCCACUAAAUAUGAACUGUGAGAUAAUGCUUAGAUUUCUAGUAUUAGUUUUGGUUGAUGUUGGUUUUUUUAUUUGUCCUAUUAAAAUUAAUAGCUUCCAAUGUA